UGUGGGAAUCAGAAGCAAGGCCUAUGGUAUGCCUCAAUUUGCACACUUACACGGAAUAAGACCCUCCCUCUGUUGCGUACUCCACAUUGAGAGACUCCUAUUCCUGGGGGAGAGAAGACAGAGAGGGAAGAAGGAAAAAGGAGGUCUGUGUUGUCUGACUUUACACAUACACACACUCAUACGCUCUCGGGAUGAGGUUCGAGGAGGUGCUGGACGAAGUGGGUGGCUUCUCCAAGUUUCAGUUCCUGGUGCUCCACUUGCUCUGCUUGCCCAGGGUCAUCCUCCCCCUCCACUUUCUCUUGCACAACUUCAUCUCAGGUGUGCCUCCGCACCACUGCGCCCUCGGGAUCCCUGGAGAUGGAUCCGAAACCCUGGCCGACCCCAUGACAUUGGCCCUCAGGGUCCCUCGUGAAGCCGACGGCUCCUUCAGCUCCUGCAGGGCCUUUGCCACUCCGGUGACCCUUGACCUUGGCCACUCCAACUACACCAAUGUGUCCAUGUCAGUGCCUUGCCAGGACGGCUGGGUGUACGACCGCUCCCAGUUCACAUCCACCACUGCCACCCAGUGGGAUUUGGUGUGUGACAGUAAGAAAUUAAACCAGGCCCUUGCUACUUUCUUUUUCAUUGGAGUCACAAUCGGUGCAGUUAUAUUUGGAUACCUCUCAGAUAAAUUUGGUCGGAAGCCCAUGAUCCUAGUGUCCUUCGUGGCCAGUGCCGUGUUCGGAACCAUGUCCGCCUUCUCUGUCUCUUACGUCAUGUUUGCCGUGACCAGGACCCUCUGUGGAGUCGCACUGACGGGAAUGACCAUUACCACUCUUGCCCUGAGUAUAGAGUGGACGGACAUUAAGCAUCGCACCUUCACAGGGACCAUUAUCAGUCUGGGCUGGAGUUUGGGCAAUAUGCUCCUGGCCCUCCUGGCAUACUUCAUACGAGACUGGAGAUACCUCAUGCUGGUGGUGACGUCCCCCUGCAUCGCUGCCAUCAUCUCCUGGUGGUGGAUACCAGAGUCUGCCAGAUGGCUACUGGCCAAUGGCAAAGUGAAGGAGGCAAAGAAGUAUUUGGUGCAGUGUGCCAUAAUGAAUGGGAAGUAUGGUUACGCUGCAAAACUAGACACUGAGACUUUGAGGAAGGUAACUGUUUCUGAGGUUGCCAAUAAGGACUAUUCCUACUUGGAUCUGGUCAAGACACCCAAGCUCAGGAAAAUCACUAUUUGCUCAGGAAUAUUCUGGUUUGCUGUGUCGUUCGCAUACUAUGGGAUCAGCUUUAAGAUUACAGGGUUUGGUCUGAACAUGUACCUCACUCAUUUUGUCUACGGCGCAAUUGAAGUCCCAGCCAAAGUGGGGGCCUACUUCGCCUUGGAUCGCAUUGGCCGAAGAAAUGGCCAGGCAUGGUCUCUCAUCAUCACGGGAGCGCUGAUAGCUCUCAAUAUCGCUAUCCCCACAGAAAGUGCCCUGGUUCGCACUUGCAUAGCCGUGGUAGGGAAGGGUUUCUCAGAAGUUGCUUUCACUACAGCUUUUCUCUACACAGCAGAGCUCUAUCCCACCGUUCUCAGACAGUGUGGUUUAGGUUACACCUCCUUCAUCGGGCGUAUGGGGGGCUCACUGGUCCCCAUGGUCAUGCUGCUGGAGGACUAUUGGGUGUUCACGCCCCCACUUAUCUUCGCCGCCACCGCCAUUGGCAGUGGCUGUGUGGUCUUCCUGCUGCCCGAGACCAUGAAUGUGUGUCUUCCGGAAAACAUCCUCGACGUAGAGGAGGGAAGGCAUAAGCACACAUCUAGAAAUGAUGCCAUGGUUGAGUUGAAUGAAAUAAACUCACUACCGGUAGCUUCAGCAUGAGAAAACUCCCAAGGCUGCUGCUGGUCAUUCAAAUCCAGUACCAAGUCCUGACCUGAAAGCUCCCCAAACUGCUGAAUUGGGGAAAUGAUUUCCUACAAUGGUCAUAUCCUAAAAACGUUAGAAUGAUGGACAUUUUCCACUAUAUCAUGUAUCAUGCAUGUCACUAUUGUAUUGUCUAUAUUAAUUAGAUGUGUAACUCAUGUACAGUUGAAGUCGGAAGUUCACAUACACCUUAGCCAAAUACAUUUAAACUGAGUUUUUCACAAUUGCUGACAUUUAAUCCAAGUAAAAACUCCCUGUCUUAGAUCAAAUAGGAUCACCACUUUAUUUUAAGAAUGUGAAAUGUCAGAAUAAUAGUAGAGAGAAUGAUUUAUUUCAGAUUUGAUUUCUUUCAUCACAUUCCCAGUGGGUCAGAAUAUGAAUGAUUACCUCAUUUGAUAAAAUACUUGUCAUCAGAAAAGCAGAACUUAAUAUUUGGUACAGAAACCUUUGUUUGCAAUUACAGAGAUCAUACGUUUCCUGUAGUUCUUGACCAGGUUUGCACACACUGCAGCAGGGAUUUUGGCCCACUCCUCCAUACAGACCUUCUCCAGAUCCUUCAGGUUUCGGGGCUGUCGCUGGGCAAUACGGACUUUCAGCUCCCUCCAAAGAUUUUCUAUUGGGUUCAGGUCUGGAGACUGGCUAGGCCACUCCAGGACCUUGAGAUGCUUCUUACGGAGCCACUCCUCAGUUGCCCUGGCUGUGUGUUUCGGGUCGUUGUCAUGCUGGAAGACACAGCCACGACCCAUCUUCAAUGCUCCUACUGAGGGAAGGAGGUUGUUGGCCAAGAUCUCGCGAUACAUGGCCCCAUCCAUCCUCCCCUCAAUAUGGUGCAGUCGUCCUGUCCCCUUUGCAGAAAAGCAUCCCCAUGCUUCACGGUUGGGAUGGUGUUCUUGGGAAUGUACUCAUCCUUCUUUGUACUCAUCCUUCUUCUUCCUCCAAACACAGCGAGUGGAGUUUAGACCAAAAAGCUAAAUUUUUGUCUCAUCAGACCACAUGACCUUCUCCCAUUCCUCCUCUGGAUCAUCCAGGUGGUCAUUGACAAACUUCAGAUGGGCCUGGACAUGCGCUGGCUUGAGCAGGGAGACCUUGCGUGCGCUGCAGGAUUUUUAUCCAUCACGGCGUAGUGUGUUACUAAUGGUUUCCUUUGAAACUGUGGUCCCAGCUCUUCCUCCAUGAUCAUUGAUGCCCCAGGAGGUGAGAUCUUGCAUGGAGCCCCAGACCGAGGGUGAUUGACCGUCAUCUUGAACUUCUUCCAUUUUCUAAUAAUUGUGCCAACAGUUGCCUUCUCACCAAGCUGCUUGCCUAUUGUCCUGUAGCCCAUCCCAGCCGUGUGCAGGUCUUCUGUUUUAUCCCUGAUGCCCUUACACAGCUGUAUGGUCUUGGCCAUUGUGGAGAGGUUGGAGUCUGUUUGAUUGAGUGUGUGGACAGGUGUCUUUUAUACAGGUAACGAGUUCAAAUAGGUGCAGUUAAUACAGGUAAUGAGUGGAGAACUUGAGGGCUUCUUAAAGAAACACUAACAGGUCUGUGAGAGCCGGAAUUCUUACUGGUUGAUAGGUGAUCAAAUACUUAUGUCAUGCAUUAAAAUGUAAACUAAUUACUUAAAAAUCAUUUGGUUUUAGAUUCCGUCUCUCACAGUUGAAGUGUACCUAUGAUAAAAAUUACAGACCUCUACAUGCUUUGUAAGUAGGAAAACCUGCAAAAGCGGCAGUGUGUCAAAUACUUGUUCUCCACACUGUAUACUCAAUUAGUAUUUGGUAGCAUUGCCUUUAAAUUGUUUAACUUGGGUCAAACGUUUCGGGUAGCCUGCCACAAGCUUCCCACAAUAAGUUGGGUGAAUUUUGCCCAUUCCUCCUGACAGAGCUGGUGUAACUGAGUCAGGUUUGUAGGCCUCCUUGCUCGCACAUGCUUUUUCAGUUCUGCCCACACAUUUUCUAUAGGAUCUAAAGGAUUGAGGUCCAGGCUUUGUGAUGACCACUCCAAUACCUUGACUUUGUUCUCCUUAAGCCAUUUUGCCACAACUUUGGAAGUAUGCUUGGGGUAAUUGUCCAUUUGGAAGACCCAUUUUGCAACCAAGCUUCAACUUCCUGACUGAUGUCUUGAGAUGUUGCUUCAAUAUAUCCACAUAACUUUGUUUCCUCAUGAUGCCAUCUAUUUUGUGAAGUGCACCAGUGCCUCCUGCAGCAAAGCAACCCCACAACAUGAUGCUGCCACCCCCGUGCUUCACGGUUGGGAUGGUGUUCUUCGGCUUGCAAGCCUCUCCCUUUUUCCUCUAAACAUAACAAUGGUCAUUAUGGCCAAACAGUUCUAUUUUUGUUUCAUCAGACCAGAGGACAUAUCCCCAAAAAGUAUGAUCUUUGUCCCCAUAUGCAGUUGCAAACCGUAGUCUGGCUUUUUUUAUGGUGGUUUUGGAGCAUUGGCUUCUUCCUUGCUGAGCGGCCUAUCAGGUUAUGAUGAUAUAGGACUCGUUUUACUGUGGAUAUAGAUACUUUUGUACCUGUUUCCUCCAGCAUCUUCACAAGGUCCUUUGCUGUUGUUCUGGGAUUGAUUUGCACUUUUCGCACCAAAGUACGUUCAUCUCUAGGAGACAGAAUGCGUCUCCUUCCUGAGCGGUAUGACGGCUGUGUGGUCCCAUGGUGUUUAUACUUGCGUACUAUUACUUGUACAGAUGAACGUGGUACCUUCAGGCAUUUGGAAAUUGCUCCCAAGGAUGAACCAGACUUGUGGAGGUCUACAAUUUUAUCCUGAGGUUUUGGCUGAUUUCUUUUGAUUUUCCCAUGAUGUCAAGCAAAGGCCUUGAAAUACAUCCAGAGGUACACCUCCAAUUGACUCAAAUGAUGUCAAUUAGCCUAUCAGAAGCUUCUUAAGCCAUGACAUAAUUUUCUGGGAUUUUCCAAGCUGUUUAAAAGGCACAGUCAACUUCUGACCCACUGGAAUUGUGAUACAGUGAAUUAUAAGUGAAAUAAUCUGUCUGUAAACAAUAGUUAGAAAAAUGACUCUUGUCAUGCAAAGUAUAUGUGCUAACCGACUUGCCAAAACUAUAGUUUGUUAAACAAGAAAAUUGUGGAGUGGUUGAAAAACAAGUUUUAAUGACUCCAACCUAAGUGUAUGUAAACUUCUGACUUCAUCUGUAUGUCAUGCCUUUGUAACAAACCAUUGUACUUGGUCAUGAUGUAAUCCACAUUUUUUUGACUCUGUAUCAACAAUAUAAUAUU